AUGUUUACGCCUUCGAAACUUGUUGUCCUUGGCUGUACGCUCCUUCCAGUCGUGUCUGCCAUCUCCGGAAAGACGUUCACAGGAUGGGAUUGCUGCAAACCUGCUUGUGCUUGGACGGCCAGCGUUCCGAAAGGAACCUCUGGCACCGCCCAUGUCUGUGACAUCAACAACAACCUUCUCACCAACGGGCCACAGGCCAAGUCCGGUUGCGACAGCGGCGGCACGGGUUACCUCUGUGACUCCUAUUUGCCCGUCCCCGUCUCCGACACACUUUCGUACGGCUUCGCCGUCAUGAUGUCCAGCGGGGACUGCUGCAAGUGCUACCAGCUCACAUGGACGUCCGGCCAGGCCGCCGGCAAGCAAAUGAUUGUGCAGGCCAUCAACGUCGGCGCGCCGAGCGGGUCCGUGGGCAACAACGACAUUGUGGUGCUGACGCCCGGCGGCGGCGUGGGGCCGAACACGGCCGGCUGCCGCAACCAGUACGGCACGAGUUGGGGCCAGCAGAACGGCGGCGUCAGCGACCGCGCGGCCUGUGCCAGUCUGCCCAACAAUCUGCAAGGCGGCUGCUACUGGCGGUUCAACUGGGCCAAAGGCGACCUCAACGGCUGGAACGUCGACUACAAACAGGUGUCGUGCCCAGGUCGGUUGACAUCGAUCUCGGGCUGCUCGGGGUAA